UGAGAUACCUUACAUAAUCCACAUCUUGAACUUUUCUUUUCCGGCCCUCGAGGUGAUGGCCAAAAAACGAACGAGACCAGGGAAUCUUCUCAACAAGCAAGCUUCGGCUAAGCAAGCAGCUAAGAAGAAGAGGCAAAAAGCGCCUGAUGCUCGGACGUUACGAUUCAAAAAUGCUGCACUCGAAGAUUCGAUAGACAGUCAGGCACAUGUUCUUUAUGCUACCAACAACUCUCCUUCUCGUCAGUUUGAAGCAAUUCCAUCUGCAACCACAGACAGAGAGCUCGCCGCGAUCAUGGGAAGCUUGUGAAGAUCGGCAGCAGGUUCAAAGCUGUCCAAAGUAUGUGAUCAUGAACUGUGGGCGGCAUUGUUGUGCGCACUCCGCUGAAUUCUGAAGUUGUCAGGCAUGAUCAUGACGUUC